GCGCCGCUGCACCGGCUGGUUCCUGUAAGGCGGGUCGGUGACCUCUCCUUUCCUUUGAUCCGCCGCGCAGUGCGUCCCCACGCGGAUCCCUGGCUCGCCUCGCGCCUGGCUGCGGAGCCGUGGUCAUGCCAACCCAGCAGCCGGCUGCGCCGAGUACGAGUGCCCCCAAACCCUCCCGGAGUCUCUCUGGCUCACUUUGUGCCCUGUUUUCUGAUGCAGACUCGGGAUCCGGGAUGAAGGCGGAGCUUCCCCCUGGGCCUGGGGCAGUGGGGAGAGAAAUGACUAAAGAAGAGAAGCUGCAGCUUCGGAAGGAAAAGAAACAGCAGAAGAAGAAACGGAAGGAGGAAAAGGUGGCAGAACCAGAAACUGGCUCUGCUGUAUCUGCAGCCCAAUGUCAAGGCCCAACCAGAGAACUGCCAGAAUCGGGCAUUCAGUUGGGUACGCCUGGGGAGAAAGUUCCAGCUAGUCGGAGUAAGGCUGAACUUCGGGCUGAGCGCCGAGCCAAGCAGGAGGCUGAGCGGGCCCUGAAACAGGCAAGAAAAGAACAAGGAGGGCCACCUCCUAAGGGCUGCCCCACCACCUCCAGCAGAGCUGGAGAAACCCCCUCAGGAGUGAAGCAUCUCCCUGAGUACCCUCAGGUUGAUGACCUACUUCUGAGAAGGCUUGUUAAAAAACCAGAGCGUCAGCAGGUUCCUACACGAAAGGAUUAUGGAUCCAAAGUCAGUCUCUUCUCUCACCUACCCCAGUACAGCAGACAAAACUCUCUAACACAGUUUAUGAGCAUCCCAUCCUCUGUGAUCCACCCAGCCAUGGUGCGACUCGGCCUGCAGUACUCCCAGGGCCUGGUCAGUGGCUCCAAUGCCCGGUGUAUUGCCCUGCUUCGUGCCUUGCAGCAGGUGAUUCAGGAUUACACAACACCGCCCAAUGAAGAACUCUCCAGGGAUCUAGUGAAUAAACUAAAACCCUACAUGAGCUUCCUGACUCAGUGCCGUCCCUUGUCAGCGAGCAUGCACAACGCCAUCAAGUUUCUUAACAAGGAAAUCACCGGUGUGAGCAGUUCCAAGCGGGAAGAGGAGGCCAAGUCAGAACUUCAAGCAGCCAUUGAUCGGUAUGUGCAAGAGAAGAUUGUGCUUGCAGCUCAGGCAAUUUCACGCUUUGCUUACAAGAAGAUCAGUAAUGGAGAUGUGAUCCUGGUAUACGGAUGCUCAUCUCUGGUAUCAAGAAUUCUUCAGGAGGCUUGGAUAGAAGGCCGGCGGUUUCGGGUGGUAGUGGUGGACAGCCGGCCACGGCUGGAAGGAAGGCACAUGCUUCGUUCUCUAGUCCGUGCUGGGGUCCCCGCCUCCUACCUGCUGAUUCCUGCAGCCUCCUAUGUGCUCCCAGAGGUUUCCAAGGUGCUAUUGGGAGCUCAUGCACUCUUGGCUAAUGGGUCUGUGAUGUCUCGGGUAGGGACAGCACAGUUGGCCCUGGUGGCUCGAGCCCAUAAUGUGCCAGUGCUGGUUUGCUGUGAAACAUACAAGUUCUGUGAGCGUGUGCAGACUGAUGCCUUUGUCUCUAAUGAGCUAGAUGACCCUGAUGAUCUGCAGUAUAAGCGGGGAGAACAUGUCACGCUGGCUAACUGGCAGAACUACGCAUCCCUGCGGUUGUUGAAUCUAGUUUAUGAUGUAACUCCUCCAGAGCUUGUGGAUUUGGUGAUCACGGAGCUGGGGAUGAUCCCUUGCAGUUCUGUACCUGUUGUCCUACGAGUCAAGAGCAGUGACCAGUGAGGGGGAAACGGGGUUAAUAAAUGCCAUACUCCCUAUCCUCAGCAA